UUUCUCUCUCUAUCUCUCUGGUUCAACGGGCAAAGUAUUUUUCGAAUAAAGUUUUGGUUUUUUCUAUUUAACGUUCCCUUCGUCUUCUUUGUUCUUCUGCUGGCGAAUUCGUGCAUCUAUCUAUCUCGAUGAGCUGCAAUUUGAAUCCACCGGCUUCUUCUCCAGACGAGGAAGAAAAAGGUGAAGUGAAAAUGGAGGAUGAGUGUAUAGAGAAUAAGCAAUCAACAGCUGCUUCUUGCUCUUCUGUGUCUGAAGGCAGUGCCAGUAGUUUCCUCAAGUCACCUGCUGUUGCAAGCCCCGUUGCAGCAUCACCAACUAAUAGGAGGACGAGUGGCCCUAUAAGGCGAGCGAAAGGAGGGUGGACUCCGGAAGAGGAUGAGACAUUGAGACAAGCAGUUGGUAAGUUUAAAGGCAAGAGCUGGAAGAAAAUAGCGGAAUUUUUCCCUGAUAGAACCGAAGUUCAAUGCCUGCACCGGUGGCAGAAAGUUUUAAAUCCGGACCUUAUUAAGGGACCUUGGACUCAAGAGGAGGAUGAGACAAUCGCUGAACUUGUUGAAAAAUAUGGGCCUGCAAAAUGGUCUGUCAUCGCAAAGUCUUUACCAGGUCGAAUUGGGAAACAAUGUCGAGAAAGGUGGCACAACCAUUUGAAUCCUGGUAUCAACAAGGAUGCUUGGACCUCAGAGGAAGAAUUAGCUCUGAUGAACGCUCAUCUAAUCCACGGAAACAAAUGGGCUGAAAUUGCUAAGGUCUUACCCGGCAGAACCGACAAUUCAAUAAAAAACCACUGGAAUAGUUCAUUGAAGAGGAAGUCAGAAUUCUACUUAGCUACUGGUGGCUUACCACCCGCAGCAGCAAGGAACGGUGUUCCUGAUAGUGCAACUAGACGUUCACCGUCUUGUCAGAAAAGGGUUUCUGAUACAGUUCCUCAAACCUCUUCAGGAACUACACAGAUAAACAAAUUCGAUGAAGAAGACGGAAAAGGCCAAUUAAACUCUUCUGUUCCGCACGAAGAAGUAGUAGCUGCUUCAGGAAUGACCGGUGUUAGUGAAUACGCUCGUUCUCCUCAGUUGCCUAACCCAAAGCCAUUUCCAGAGAAUGGUGGAGUUACAAACAAUGGUUAUCAUCUUUACUACAGGCCUCAGAUAGAGUAUUACAUGGCGCCAGAAGUGGACAAGCAGCGUAUGUAUGGAUUCGAAUGUGGUUGCAGUCCAAGCGCAUCACCUGUCAGCUUCUUCACUCCACCUUGUAGAAAAGAGUCCAGUAACGGUUUAGCUCCAAGAAGUCCUGAAUCUUUCCUGAGAGAAGCUGCUAAAACUUUCCCAAACACACCUUCUAUUUUCAGGAAAAGACGACGCAAGGUUUUUGUUUCGGAUAGCAACAAGGCCGUCGAAACAGACGAAUCUAAAGAGGUUGAUCAGAAGGUGAAUGAUAGUUCAGAGCGCCCUGAUUGUGAAGAGACGCAAAGUAAUGGAUCAAUUGCUUUCAAUGUAUCUCCUCCGUACCGGAUAAGAUCCAAAAGAACAGCUGUUUAUACGUCGAGACAGCUAGAGUUUGAGAAGGCUGAUGAUGAAACCAAAUCAUCUGAGAAAGACAAGUUGCUUGAUGGAGAUUCUCAACUCCCGAGCUAAAAAAAAAAUAUUUUUUUACGUCACACGCUAAUUUUUUAUUGGUUUUUUACUUUUUAAAAAAAUAUUUUACUUUAUUUUGGGUUAAUGUUAAUGCUGUAUUAACCCAAAGAAUAAUCUUUACACCUUACAAAAUAAAAUGUCAAAA